UUUGUGUUUCCUUCCCAGACAUUAGUGCCUUUGUCGUCGAUUAUACGAAGGAAUAAUUCAACUGCGACUAAUAUAAAUCCCAUAUCAAAGAAUGUAAAAUCCAUGGAAAGCGAUGAAAGGCAAACUAUUUAUAAGGCAACAUUAGCUCAACAUAUUCGUAACAUUAAGUGUUUAUCGUUGUUCACCUCGUUACUUGGAAUAGUAUCUCAGCCAUUUAUAUAUGUAAAAGUACUUUCUGGGACAACGGCACCAUCCGUAUCAUUAUCCAUAUGCGGUAUAUUGUGCAUAUUUACAUUUGGGUCACCCAUAUUACUUCAUUUAAUUACCAAAACCUAUAUUGUAAAUAUCGAUUAUAUUCCCAAAAAUGAUAAAUACAUCGCUACAGUUUAUAACUUUUUUGCAAUGAAACGGAAGAUUGAAUUUACUCCAGCCGACAUAACCAUACCGACUGUUCUUGGAAUAUUUACAACUUGCGCCAUUAAGCAAGCCAAUGUAUUUAUCGACGCGAACCAAUUUCUAGAUCAAAAUCAUUAUAUAAAAAUUAUGGGAUACGACAAGCCCUUCAAGCUAAUGGAUGAUAAUCAUGAUAAAAAAGAAUAAAUAUUUCUAUUGGUAUUCA